AUGUCGAGCACUUCGAGUUCACGCAUUGAUCUCAGAGAUCAUGUCCAGGAUCAGGACCUCUCUGAAGAGUAUCUGUCUUCGUCAUCCCGCGACUAUUCCGCCGGCAGCUCCCCACUCACCACGCCUGCGCUGUCUGAUGAGGAAUUCGACUUUGAUGUGCCGUCUGAAGAUGCUCUCCUCGCACCAACACAGGCGCCGGCUGAUGGUUCGGAGAAGUACAUUAUGGUGAUUGGUGGUCUUGGGUAUAUCGGCUCCCACACAACACUCGAGUUGCUUCGUGAGGGACACAAUGUUAUCGUGGUGGACAACCUGAGCAACAGCUACAAGACGGUUCUGAAGAACGUCCGAAUGCUGGCGGCCCAUCACUGCAAGGUCAACAGCGUUCCCAUGCCCCGUCUUCGCUUCUUCCGUAUCGACUACCGCAGCAAGGCCAUGCAUGUGCUCCUGGAGAGAUACAGCAACUUGGUGAUGACGGUGGACGCUACGUCAGGCAAGCAGGUGGUGUCGUACCAGUCCCGGAUUGCGGGGGUGAUCCACUUUGCGGCAUACAAGUCGGUUGUCGAAAGCAUCCAGCAGCCCCUGCGCUACUAUCGCAACAACGUGUGUGGACUAGUCAAUCUGCUACAGGAGCUGGAGCGUUUCAACAUCCGCAACUUUAUUUUUAGCAGCUCGGCCACCGUGUACGGCUCCAAGGCCAACGCCGGCCUGCCACUGAAGGAGGAGGACCUCAUCCACCACCAGGUCAAGACACAGAACGAGGCCGGAGAGACGACCAUUGUUGAGCCAACCAUCGAGGGUCUGUCGUGCCCGUAUGCGCGCACCAAGUACUUUGGAGAAGCCAUCUUGGCGGAUGUGGCCGAGGCGGACCCUGAUUGGCGAAUUGUUGCGCUCCGUUACUUCAACCCCGUUGGAUGCGACCCUUCUGGUGUGUUGGGCGAGAGCCCGCGCGGGGAGCCGACCAACCUCUUCCCCGUGCUGACGCAAGUCCUCAAGGGCGACCGCUCAAACCUCAAUGUAUUCGGAUCUGACUGGCCGACCCGAGACGGUACCGCCAUCCGUGACUUUAUUCACGUUCUCGACGUUGCCCGUGGGCACAUUGCGGCGCUCAAUUGGAACUCGAAGAAGGGCAACGGAUUCUCCACCUUCAAUCUCGGCAGCGGUACGGGCACGACGGUUCUCGAGGCGGUUCGCAGCUUGGAGCAGGCGGCUGGCCGUGAAAUUCCCCUCGCUCUCGUUGACAGGAGGCCUGGCGAUGUCGGCAUGUGUGUCGCGUCGACGGAGCGCGCGGCUAAGGAGCUCGGGUGGUCGACUCGCGAGAGCAUCACCAAGUGCGCUGCUGACCUAUGGAACUACGUGUCCAAGGUAGCGUUGAGGUCGUGACGGACGCCAUGACGUUGACCCCUAGUCGUCCUGCUCUCUCCUCCUUUCUCUUGUGUUUGAUUGAUGAUAUCCCGAGCGCAACAGCGAAGUGAAUCGUUGGCGUGUUUCUUACUGUUUUGUUUCUCUCGACUGUUUUGGGUCUGGCUUUUUGGAUGGGAAAAGAUCCGGUUGGCACGUUUGCUGUGCUGCUUAUUUUAAUUUUUUAUUUUGAUUUCUUUUAUUUGAAUUCUUUUGUUGGUUGGUGUUCUUCGCUUAGUUCCGGGGUACCAAUUUGGGUACAUUGAGCAAAAGGGUCGCUGGUCUCACGCAAAACUUUUCAUGUUGGGUUCUUUUGGUUCUUUUGUUAAUUUUUUUUGGCCAUCCAAGCUGUACGUGUAGACUGUAGACUAUACUCUGAGUGAUGAUGAUAGUUGACGACGGAUUGACGUCAGAAGAAAUUCAAGUCGAUCGAAAAUCAA